CGCGGGGCAGGGCAGCGCCUGGUCUGGAGACGGACUCCGGGACCCUCGGGUGCGGGGGCCUCGGCGACCUGCCCCGCGGGGCGUGCGGCCGCGGAGUGGCCUACUGGGGAUCCUCCCGCAGAGGGGCCGGCCGGGGGCGGGGAGAUGAACGGCUUUAGCACGGAGGAGGACAGCCGCGAAGGGCCCCCAGCCGCCCCCGCCGCCGCCCCGGGCUACGGCCAGAGCUGCUGCCUCAUCGAGGACGGCGAGCGCUGCGUCCGGCCCGCGGGCAACGCCUCCUUCAGCAAGAGGGUUCAGAAGAGCAUCUCGCAGAAGAAACUCAAGCUGGACAUCGACAAGAGCGUAAGGCACCUGUAUAUCUGCGACUUCCACAAAAAUUUCAUCCAGAGUGUACGAAAUAAAAGGAAGAGGAAGACAAGUGACGACGGCGGAGAUUCUCCUGAGCACGACACUGACAUUCCUGAGGUUGACCUGUUCCAGCUGCAGGUGAACACUCUACGGCGUUAUAAACGACACUACAAAUUGCAGACCAGACCAGGCUUCAAUAAGGCCCAGUUAGCAGAAACUGUCAGCCGACACUUCAGGAACAUACCUGUGAAUGAAAAAGAGACCCUCGCCUACUUCAUCUACAUGGUGAAGAGUAACAAGAGUAGACUGGACCAGAAAUCGGAGGGCGGCAAGCAGCUCGACUGAGGAUGGCAUGCAUCAAGGAAUGAAGUGUGAUGCUUAAUGCACAGGUGAUAUCUGCCACGUUUAGGCCCAUAAAGACUGUUAAAUUUUAUUGUAAAUAAAAAGUUUGAAUGAUGAACACUGUAAAUCUUUUUGGUCAGGAGAAUUAUAUUCUCGUGAUUCAGCAUGUCAUACAAAGACUUUCUUUUAAGGCAACUGUUGGACUGAAAAAACAAGACCAUAAAGAGAUUGAGAAAUUAUGUAUCAUAGUAUUCAGCAAAGCAGUAAGCUCAUUCUACUGGAAAUGUGGGAUAAAGAACAUUUCGGUUCUCACCUUGUAAUACCACUCUGCCUUGUGUGAGACGUGGUGCUGGGAUGGCAGUGAGGCACCGCUGACUGGACAAGUGGUGGACCCAGAUCUGCCAGGCACAGACAUGCCCCCUCUUCGUUGCAAGCUUGGUCGCUUGUCAGCACAUCAGUUUGACAGCGGUCCUCCUCACUGGCCCUGUGCCUUGCACACAGUAGGCGCUCAAGCAGUAUUUGUUGGCUAAUUACACUGUCACUGACAUUGCUGGCCUUGUGACAUCUGCUUCACACUUCUAGUUAAUGAGACCCCUGCCAUCUCUGUUGCUCACCACUUACCUUCUAGGGGACAGAGGAAGUCCUGAUGCACCAACAGGAGGUUUCUCAUCAAGAGAGGAUUUGAGGGCAGUUGCACGUGCCAAGCUACAUUCGUGGAGGUUCCAGAAACACUGAUGCAGAGACCCUCACAUGAGACAGCCCUUGGGACUCCAUCUGUGCUUUCCUUUUUGGGGUGAAGUUACAAAGGAUGACUGCGGUCACUCCAGGCCAUACGUGCUUUGACAGGUGGAGAUAUUUAGUGAUCUGGGGCUUGUGUUUUCAGAAGUACUAAUCCUUAGUUCAUAAGCCCCAAGGAAGCUGCCAAGGGUCACGUAAUUCUUGCCCAGAUGUCCGGUUCGGGGAUGAAAAGUCUGACUGGCCUUGACUCCCUGGGCUUGGGGGUCACCAGCAAAUCAUGAGUUUGAGCUAUUAACAGAGGUCAGUGCCAUUGUUCAUUUUUCUGAGCAAUUUGCCUCCCUUUUAGGGGGAAAGAUUGCUAACAUGAUUUUUUUUUAAGUAUGAAUAAUUAUCUGAUUUUUUUUAAUGUUCAAAAACUCAGAUUCCUCUGUCUUCUUAUAUCAGAGCCAAAGUCUCCUUUGAAAGCAAAGCUUUAUAUCCAAAAAUACGCUUUUGCAAAAGUUUCUAAUCAAUGUAUUAGGGGACAAAGGAUGUGAAUAGGGGCUGGGAGAAAAAGAGAAGAAAAGGACUUGGAUUCUAAUUUCUGACCAUCUUGACACAUCCUGGGGUCAAAACUAUCUUUCUCUUACUCAGUUUGAAUUGUGAGCUCUUUCUCAAGCCUUAAAUUAUAAAAGGAGUUGUGGCUGGCCUGGCCCGGCAGAGAGUUUUAACGUCCCAUAGAUGGCUUACUCUGGGCAUCAGCACAGAGGAGUCAGAACAAAACCCCGCUAAGGAGGGCCGUGCACUGUCUGCAGGUCUCGAUGUGUGGGGCAGAGGGCCGUGCUCUCUGCGGACUGGGGACAGACCACCCUCUCCCUAAAACGCAGUGUGUUCAUUGCAGCAGACUUUCAUCAGUGUUGAGAAUCCGUGUCUAGCAGAUUGCAGCCUUUUUAAAUAUGUGUAAAUGAAUGUACAUAGAACAUACGCUAGACUAGGAGGGGAUCUUAUUUUAAUACAGCUGGCUGUGGAUGGCAUGUCGAGGUGCUCUCUGAGUGUUUUUAGUCAUUCAGAUUCAGAAUGUAGAGAUUGCCGCACUGCGUGCAGCUGAAGGAUGUUGGAGUGUGGACAUCAAGAAGGCUCAAAGAUUCUGUGGCUUAUAUAGAUUUUUUUUCCCAGAGAGGGAAAAAGCUUUGGGGGCAUCAAACACCAAGCCCCCGCUGUGUCAAGGGGAGUGUCUUCUCAUCAGGCUGCAGUUUUGGGGCCCAGAUGGCAACUACGGUUUAAGGCAUUGGUAACCUGCUGUCUGGGAAGGUCCAUCUCUUGCUGAGAAAGUGUACCUUUCUGAUGUUGAAGCAAAAAUGGCGGAUGCGUAGGCCACAUUGCUCUUUCUUAGAUGGUAGAUCCGUUUGCCAGCGGGGAGAGAGAGCAGGCUGUUUCUGUACAGGAAGCUGCGGCGUUAGGAUCAGUCAGUUCCCGUGUGUCAGAGCACUCUCGUUCCAGCGGGAAGCCCGGGGAGACUCGCACCUUCUGCCAGACGCCGCACCGCCUCUCCUCGAAAGAGGGGCUUCUGGAGAGUGGAGGCUGUGGGUGUCUUUCCACCCUUUGAAAACAUGUCAGGGGAGAGGAAAGACAAAGCUCUCUGAACCUGGGUUUCGUGUGUGCAGAGAUCUGGUCCUUCAUCCCGCCGCGACGCCACCUGCCUUAGCCUCUUCUGCAGCUCCCCGCGGCUUGCUGUGGGUGCGGAGGCUUCCGCCUGUGAGAAGUGGCCGGGCCUCCGAAGCCCGGGGCUUCGGGACAGCAGUGUUCCUCUUGGCUGCCUCUGUUUUAUGCACCCGCCAAGGCCUCUCGCGCUUCUCUCCACCUGUAAUGUUGCAACAUUGCCUUCUCUCCUUUUGGUGCUCCUGGGCGAAACUGGAAUGGGAAAUCCAGAGCUGACACUGUCGUCUUAAAGAGGCCGGUGCCUGCUUCGGUCCAGCCCGCUGUGGGUCUUUCAGAUGCGCUGGAGGCUGUCACGGGGGAAUGUCAGUGUCCUGCCAUUCAUAUCACUCUGACUUAGGGUUUUAAAAAAACAAAUGGACAGACUUCUUAUUUCAGCAAACACACCCUUAGGUUGGCAACAGCAUGUGAAAAAGAUCGUAGCUGAAUCCCAUGAAAGAUUGAAACCAAAGGCUCCGAGAUUGGCAUCGUAAAAUGACCAGGAAUUUCACUUAUGUGUUAGCACCGCCAAGUCACUAAUGUUCCUGUCAUAGCUAACUAUUCACUGCUAGCCUUCCAGGGAACAGAUAUUAAUAAUUGCCUGCAACUGGAAUGUUGCAUCUAACCUCGGCAUUUCAGCUGUUUAUUUUUGUGGGAGCUUUUUUGGUUAAUACCCUGCAGGACAACUGCCCGGUAGACAAGGAAGAAAGUAGGAGAGAGAACCUAUUCGGGGGACGGGGGGGCCUUGUCUGUUGAAAUAGGCUGUCCAGAUGGUGGGUCCCAGCAAAGCUGCUUCACGGCAGUCCCCUAAAGGCUCUCAGCCAUUAUGAUGAGAUCCAAAAGUUGGGGAAGGGUCUUUAAGUCAUCAGUUUGGUCUCCCCGCAGGUGCUGACAUUCUGCCUACAACUGUCCCACCAAGGUUUUGAGCAGUCUGGCUUAAACACCUCUGAGGUCAGGGAACUCACUACCUCCUGGGGAAGCCUGCUCUAUCUGUGCAAACUCUGGCUCUUCUAUGUUCUCUGUAAUUUCCAUCUUAGUCGCUCCCCAGUGGGGGCCACGAGGAACAAGCUGUGCAUCGUGCCCGAGGACCCAGUCACUGGAACUGUCCCACGGCAUAGCAGUCGCCUUUGGGAAGGAGCCCCUGCCAGAUGGACACUUCAGUGUGCCAACUGUCCUUCUCCUUCACUAUUAGUUCACUUAGUUCCUUGUUGAAGGAUGUGGAAACUCCAUCCGCCUGGUUAUGCUCACUUGUUCGUGCUGAAGCUGAUGGAGGGGACAAGGGAGGGAGGGGAUGCUCUCAGCCUGAUAAAAAACAACCUAAGAAGGGAUGAGGCCCUGUUUCCGUGCUUGCUCCACAAAAAUGGAUGUGCACAUCACUUAGGAAGCGUUUAGCUGGAAGAUUGUAAAAUAUCACCCCCUGUGGAGUGUAAAGGUUCCGUGGCUGCUCAGGGCUUGUACCUUAAUGUGUCUGCAAGCACUUCACACAUUGUUUUUAUUGAGCAAACAAAGCUUAGGAUACCUUGAGGGAGGGGUACACAACAUGUCUCUGUGUCCCAGAAGUGCCAUAUUUUCAAGCUGGAAAGUCCUUUAAGGUUGCUGUCAUGCCAUCAUCCAUUUUAAAGACAGGAGACGAAAAUUCAGGACGACUUGCCUGAGCCUCGUGGCGUUGUCUGAACUAACGUCUCGUCCUCCUGAUUCGUCCAGAGCUGUACUCACUUGCUGACUUGUGCAGGACUCAAAUCUUGUCUCCAGUAACUGCCUUCAGAUUCUUGAGACCUUGUCACUGAGCAGAGGUCCCAAGGCCAGCGCUCAGGGGCUGUAAACCAGCCUGCUGCCCUCAAGGUUGUGUAAAGUGAUUAGGAAGCAGUCCGCUGAGCUUUGCAGAUUGAAUGUGAGCAGAGAACAGAUCUAGCUCGUGAUGUAAGACGGAUUCAGAAGCCCUGGCGGGAGGUGUAGUGUUGCCCCAGAAUCUAAGUUCUUACGAAACGGGCUUGCUCUGUGAUCUGUUGCUCAGACUUCUUUCUGCCUUUCACGUGGUCCUCUGGGGUGUGUCACUCAGUUGGCCCUGACUCGGACAGACACAGCGCUGAGGCCCUGUGAUUCCCAGCCUCCCAGCCCCGUUACUGGCCUAGGCAGUUGAACUGAAGGACAAGUAAACCUCAAGGUCAUGGCCUGGAAAGCAUGGUGUUUGGAGGUGCCUUUUUAGUCCCUUCAUUUUAUUACAGACUGUUCCCAAGUUCAAGGUUAGGAAGGGUAAAGUUGAUCUGAUGUUGCGAGAUGGAGUCUAGUCUAGGGCAAGGUGAGACCUCUUCUUAAGGUAGAAAUGCCUACAAUCAGUUACUUCAUCGGGCUUGUGUCUUAAACCACAAACCCUUCCGUUGCUUUCACUCCAUGAACGCAUCUUCGCCAAUGAUGGAGGGCCGUACAGGACCCAUUUACGUGUCUGCUAUCCGUUAUGCCCAUCAGGAUGUUUUCAGGGUGUGGGUUUGUUUUCCAUUUUGUAACUGCCUUAUCAAAAAGCAAGUGCCCUUCCAUUCCAGGCCUCCUCAUAUUGUACCUGUUUCCUGCCAAAUUCGGGGGAUCACCUGUAUUUUAAUUUUGUAAUCUAUGGCUCUGUACUGUUGAAAGGCUCUCCAUUCUGUGGGGUCUCCUUAGUAUGUAUGUGACUUUCAUGUUGCAAUAUCACACGGAUGGGACGGCCCGACUUUCGCUCUUAAUAAACGAUCUGAAUGAGUAACAAGAGACA